AUGUCUGACAACGACAACGCCGCCGCCAAUGGCUCUUCUCCCCAGUUCACCGAGCGCGAGCUACAGCUCCUCGGAUGGGCUAUGCAGUCUCUCAAGUCUGGUCCUCCAGAGAUUGACUACGAGAAGCUCGCUGGCUAUGCUGGAAUGAGCAACCCGCGCUCUGCUAGCAACGCCUGGGCCAAGAUCAAGCUCAAGUUGAUGACCCCCACUGCCGAUGGCACCGCCCCAGUCACCCCAAAGAAAACCCCUCGCAAGAAGGCUACUGCUGUCAAGCAGGAGGAUGACGGCGAAGAGGGCGCAGACGCUGCAACUCCUAAGAAGACCUCCCGCAAGCGCGCCCCCAAGAAGCAGGAUAUCGACGGCGAGUCUUCGCCUAAGAAGAAGGCCACCCGCGGCAAGAAGAACUUGAGUGUCGAUACUAUUAAGGAGGAGUCUGACGAGGACCUCAACCCUGACGGUUCGCCGAUGAAGAUCGACCCUGCCGAGCCUAAGGACGAGAUUGUGGACGAUGUCGUCUAG